CCGGCUUUGGCGGUGCCGGCUGCCGGGAGCGGGGCCGCUGCCGUCUGUGCCAGCCCCGGGGUUAUGCCCAGCUGCCAGCGGGGCGCAGGGCCAGGGGCAGUCCGACCUGCCGGCCGCGGCCGGAGAAGGGGGCGGUGAUUCCCCCCUUGCCACCCUCAGGAAAGGGUGCGCGGGUGCUCCGCGGCGGAGGAUGAGGAUGAGGAUGUGGCGGGCCGGAGCGAAGCGCGGGUACCCGGGCAGUGCCUGGGUGUGCUGCUGGAUUCUGAGCUGGCAGGCAGCCGCCCUGCAGCUGCCUCCCUGCGAAGAGACAGAUUACCACUUUGAGUACACAGAGUGUGACAGCAGUGGCUCCAGAUGGAGGGUGGCCGUCCCAAAUCCAUCGGUGGAGUGCUCUGGACUACCUGAUCCGGUGAAAGGGAAAGAAUGCACUUUUUCCUGUGCUUCUGGUGAGUACCUGGAGAUGAAGAACCAGGUGUGCAGCAAAUGUGCAGAGGGAACCUAUUCACUGGGGAGUGGGAUCAAGUUUGAUGAAUGGGAUGAGCUGCCAGCAGGAUUUUCCAAUGUGGCAACUUUCAUGGACACGACACUUGGCUCGUCUGAGAAUAAAGCUGACAGCUGCAACAACUCCUCAUGGACACCUCGAGGGAAUUACAUCGAGUCAAACCGGGAUGAUUGUACAGUUUCUCUCAUCUACGCUGUGCACCUGAAGAAAUCUGGUUCUGUCUUCUUUGAAUAUCAGUAUAUUGACAACAACAUCUUCUUUGAAUUUUUUAUACAAAAUGACCAGUGCAAAGAGAUGGAUUCCACGGCUGACAAGUGGGUGAAGCUAACAGACAAUGGAGAGUGGGGCUCUCAUUCUGUGACUCUGAAAUCAGGCAGCAAUAUAUUAUACUGGAGAACAACAGGGAUUCUCAUGGGGUCCAAAGCAGUAAAACCAGUUCUGGUGAAAAACAUCACUAUUGAGGGAGUUGCAUAUACAUCUGAAUGCUUCGCAUGUAAGCCUGGUACCUUCAGUGACAAACCAGGUUCAUCUGGCUGCCAGGUGUGUCCAAGAAACACUUAUUCUGAGAAAGGAGCAAAGGAGUGCACCAAAUGUAAAGAAGAAAUGUAUUAUGCAGAUGAGGGGUCCAGUGCAUGUAUCGGCCGUCCUCCGUGCACAAACAAAGACUUUUUCCAGAUCCAUACCCCGUGUGAUAAGGAAGGGAAAACACAGAUCAUGUACAAAUGGAUUGAACCCAAGAUCUGCAGAGAGGAUCUCCCUGGUGCAUUGACCCUCCCUCCUUCUGGAGAAAGGAAGGAUUGUCCACCCUGCAAUCCUGGCUUUUACAACAAUGCCUCAUCUUCCUGUACUCCUUGCCCACCAGGCACGUUUUCAGAUGGGACUCAGGAAUGCAAAGCCUGUCCUGCUGGCACUGAACCAUCUCUUGGAUUUGAGUACAAGUGGUGGAAUAUUCUGCCAGCCAACAUGAAGACAUCUUGCUUUAAUGUUGGCAACUCCAAGUGCGAUGGGAUGAAUGGCUGGGAGGUAGCUGGUGAUCACAUCCAGAGUGGGGCAGGAGGCUCUGACAAUGACUAUCUUAUCUUGAACCUGCACAUCCCAGGAUUUAAACCUCCAACAUCGGUGACAGGAGCAACUGGGUCAGAACUAGGACGGAUUACUUUUAUUUUUGAGACCAUCUGUUCAGCAGAUUGUGUGCUGUACUUUAUGGCAGAUGUUAAUCGAAAAAAUACCAAUGUGGUGGAAUCAUGGGAGAGAAGUAAAGAGAAACAAUCCUACACCCACAUAAUUUCCAAAAAUGCUUCCUUCACAUUCACCUGGGCCUUUCAGAGAAUAAGUGAGGGCCAAGAUAGCAGACAGUUCAUCAAUGACAUGGCAAAGAUCUACUCCAUCAUGGUGACCAACGCAGUGGAUGGAGUGGCUUCUUCUUGUCGGGCCUGUGCACUGGGUUCUGAGCAGUCUGGCUCAUCCUGUGUGCCCUGCCCAGCAGGACACUACAUUGAGAAGGAGACCAGCCAGUGCAAGGAGUGUCCAGCCAAUACCUUCCUGUCCAUCCACCAGGUCUACGGCAGGGAGGCCUGCAUCCCGUGUGGGCCUGGCAGCAAGAGCACUGAGGACCACUCUGCUUGCUUCAGCGACUGCCUGCUGUCGUACGUCAAGGAUAACCAGAGCCUGAAUUAUGAUUUUAGCAAUCUCAGCCAGGUGGGCUCAUUGAUGAGUGGACCCAGCUUCACCUCCCGAGGCACCAAGUUUUUCCACUUCUUUAACAUCAGCCUGUGUGGAAAUGAGGGGAAGAAGAUGGCUGUUUGCACUGACAAUAUCACGGAUGUUACUCUAAAGGACAUGGUUGCAGAAUCAGAAGAUAUUUCCAAUUUUGUGGGAGCUUUUGUCUGUCAGUCCACCAUCAUCCCGUCAGACAGCAAGGGUUUCCGAACAGCCCUGGCUCUGCAGUCCAACAGCCUUGCUGACAGGUUCUUAGGAGCUACUAUUGAAACAACGCUGGGAAAUAUAAGCAUCAAGACAGAUAUGUUUCCUCCCUCGCCAAACAAAAUACUUGAUGUUCAUUUCUUUUACAAGUCUUCAACAGUGACAACCUCCUGUGAGAAUGGUCGUGCAACUGUUGUAACAAUGAGAUGCAACACUAACAAGCCAGACCAAGGAGAGCUUUCUGUGCCCAGCUCAUGCCCUGCAGGCACCUGUGAUGGAUGCACUUUCUACUUUCUGUGGGAAAGUGCAGAAGCUUGUCCUCUCUGCACAGAGCAAGAUUACCAUGAGAUUGAGGGAGCCUGCAAAAAAGGAUUUCAGGAAACUUUAUAUGUCUGGAAUGAGCCAAAGCAUUGCAUUAAAGGGGUUCCCUUGCCAGAAAAAAAGACCAGCACUUGUGAAACAGUGGAUUUUUGGCUAAAAGUUGGAGCUGGUGUUGGUGCUUUCACAGCUGUUCUUCUCAUAGCCUUGACCUGCUAUUUUUGGAAGAAGAACCAGAAGCUGGAGUAUAAGUAUUCCAAAUUAGUGAUGACAGCAAACUCAAAGGAGUGUGAGCUGCCAGCUGCUGACAGCUGUGCUAUAAUGGAAGGAGAAGAUAAUGAAGAAGAAAUAGUAUAUUCAAAUAAGCAGUCAUUACUGGGGAAGCUGAAGUCCUUGGCAACAAAGGAGAAGGAAGAUAACUUUGAAUCUGUUCAGCUGAAGUCUUCAAGAUCCCCAAAUAUAUGAAGAAUCAAUGCUGCCUUCAAAGAAACAAACCUAAUUUCUAUUUUUACAGGAUCAUAUUUUAAAUGUAUUCUGGCGCACAUUGUAGUGGUGAUCUUGGUGAGAAGUGCUUGGCCGUUUAGGAGGCAAGAAGACAGGAACCAAACCAGAAACUUGGAAUGCCUUACCAAGUUAUUGAGUAUGUUGCCAAAAAAAGAAAGCAGACACUUGGAUUCUACAGUGAGGAUGAAAUUCAACUCAGGAAGAGAUAUACAUUCUGCAAAUCACAGGAAUUUUUGUUGCAUUCACCUGGGCAUGGCUCAGGCAUGCCAUAUGAUUUAUAGGAACCUUUCGUUUCCUACCACUCCUUCUACACAUAGGCAUAUGAAAUUAUUUUCAGAGAGGCCUGGAACCCCCUGCAGGGGCUGUGUGUUGUCCUUUGGUAACAUAACUAUGAGUCUCUCUUACAGUCAAAAUUGUGAAUGGUACUUGGAAUGAGCCUCAGGUGAGUUUUGAACUUUGGAAAAUACUUUUGACUGUAGUGCUUUGGUGGGCUGGAUGUUCUCUGCUAGCCUCUAAUAGAAGAGGUGUAGUGUUGCACCUGUGAGUUGAGCUCAUUCUGAUGCCUAAGUCAUGGCCAUCAGGUUUGGGUUAAAACCUGGUGAUAUUGAAUUUAAAUGUGUCAGCUGCUGAUGUAUGAAUUUUAAGGUCUGGGCCCAGGAAUUUUGCAGGCCGUAGCAAGCUCAAACUCUGUAAAGAGAAGGAAAAUGAUACCAAUAGUGCAGCUCACACUUGUACCUCUCUGUGGAAGCUUCUCCUUCCAAGAGAGAUCAUUGACAGCUUCAAUGCCCUCCCUUGAGCUGCCGAUAUGUCACUUUUCCCUGGGUUGCAAACCAAGAAAGCCUGAACUCUGCCGAUAAAGGAAGAAUCUCUACUUCUACAAGUCAGAGAUCAGCUUUGUCACUUGGGAGGCUUAUUAGAAACACUCAUCCACCUUUAUUCCUGGACCCACAUGAGGAAUGAGGAUGGAUGCCCAUGGAACUGAGUGUGAGUUACCUACUUGCACAACUCAGCAUCUAAAUGCUUUCUGCUGUUAAGGCAAGUACUUGCUGUGGACGAAGGGCACAAGAUGGUGCCUGGAGAACUGGAGACCAGGUGGACUUUUUCCAUAAAGUCAGCCACAUUGUAAUAGGCAUGAGAUCUUCAUAACAUCCACUGGAAUAAUUUCCUGAUAUUCCCAUUGAGAUCAAACUCAAAGGAAUUUGAAACUUAGGCAAAAAAUAUUUGAGUAAACUUAUGCAAGACUCGUAUAGAUCCAGGAGAAAAUGAGGAGCAAUUCUUGUAUUGACCUCUGGUGAGACUCCUGUUUCCAUUAUCACAAAUUGAUGUGAGGUGUGGAAUGCAUCAAAACCAGAAAAGAUAUAAAUGGGCAGAAAUGGUCUUUUUACUAUAAGGAAUAUAGAUUUUGGAUUUUAUAUGACUGAGCUAGAUCUAUCAAUAAAAGAGGGCCCACUUUUAAGUAAAAUUUAAAUUAAACUGAAUUUUCUGCACUCUAAAUAUUUUAUUACACUGUAGAUGUGGACAAAAAGAAAUUAUGAAGUCUAGAUUUUUUUUUUUUUUUUUUUUUUGCUUUAGUGAAAAUUCAGCUUGGUUAAUUUUAUAUCUCCAGUCAAAGGCUUUACUCUUUUGCUGGGAGAUACUUCAGGCAUUUCAACUGAAGUGGUGUACAUUUUUUCUGUUGAUCUUGAAAAUGCACUUCACUUUCCCAACAAAGAUUUUUAUGGGGUAUUGUUGAAUGUAUAUUAAAUACACAUUCCUUUUUUGUAUAUUUUGUACCAUUGCACACUUAUUAUUGUACAUUGUAUCUGUUGUCCUGAUGUCAUUUCUAUAUGGUUGUCAAAGAUGAUAUGCUCACGGAGUAAAUGGUUAUGGCUUUGGGAUUUCACUUCUUGGAUCUUUUAUGAAGACGGUUUUUAUGUUGUUGAUUUUUACUCAACUAGUGUGCUGUAGCAUCAAGGCUAUCUAUCUGAUGGGCAUUCAUAAAAUAAAGUGAAAGUAUAUUUGAA